UCUUAUUGUCUUUUGAUUCGUUUGCUUCUUUUUUCCAACCUUUUAUCGCCUGCAAGAUUGCUUUUGAUUCGUUUGAUUGAUGGAAAGAUGCCGGCUGUGUAUUUGAAUAAUCCCAAAGAUAGGCACAUUGAGAUAGCUGCUGAAAUGAUUGAUUUAAAUGUGGUUACUGAGCGGGACAUUGGUUUUCAAGUGGCUGAUUUAUUGGUACAUGUUUAUUGUACACAGUUUAAAAAUGUAGGGUUUAGUUAUGCUAUUGAUGUGCUUUCGACAUUUUCUAGUAAGGGUAUAUUUCCCUCUUUGAAGACUUGCAAUUUUUUGUUGAGUUCUUUAGUGAAAGCUAACGAGGUACAAAAGGGUAUUGAAAUGUAUGAAACUAUUUGUCGUGGUGUUUGUCCUGAUGUUUACUUGUUUAGUACAGCAAUUAAUGCAUUUUGCAAGGGAGGAAGGAUUGAGGAUGCAAUUGGGUUGUUUACAAAAAUGGAAGAGUUGGGUAUUGCUCCAAAUGUUGUAACUUACAAUAACAUUAUUCAUGGGUUAUGUAAGAAUGGGAGAUUAGAUGAGGCAUUUCAGUUUAAAGAGAAGAUGGUACUAAGGCAAUUGGAACCUAGUCUUAUAACUUACAGUAUUCUGAUUAAUGGUUUCAUUAAGUUGGAGAAAUUUGAUGAUGCAAAUUAUAUUUUGAAUGAAAUGUCCAAUAGGGGGUUUGUUCCGAAUGAAGUUGUUUAUAACACGUUGAUUGAUGGCUAUUGUAAAAAUGGAAAUAUUAAUGAGGCACUGGAUAUAAGGGAUGAUAUGAUAUCCAAGGGGAUGAGUCCCAAUUCAGUGACAUUUAACUCCCUUAUACAGGGGUUUUGUAAGAGUGGUCAAAUGGAUCAUGCAGAGAAUGUUUUAGAAGAGAUGCUAUCCAGAGGUUUAGUGGUAAACCAGGGAGCUUUUACUUCAGUUAUUCGCUUGCUAUGUGUAAGUUCUAAGUUUGAUUCUGCACUUUGUUUCGUUGAGGAGAUGUUGUUGAGAAAUUUAAGGCCUGGUGAUAGGUUGCUGACCUCAUUGGUUGUUGCACUCUGUAAGAAUGGAAAGCAUGCAGAGGCAAUUGAUCUUUGGUUUAGGCUGUUUGAGAAAGGUUUUGCAGCCAAUACUGUGACCUCAAAUGCAUUAAUUCAUGGAAUUUGUGGAGCAGGUAACAUGCAAGAAGCUGUUAAACUCCUCAAGGAGAUGCUAGCGAGGGGUUUGGUAUUGGAUAAGGUCACAUAUAACACGCUCAUCUUGGGCUGCUGCAAACAGGGGAAACUGGAUGAAGGUUUUAAGCUUAAGGAAGAUAUGAUGAAACGAGGAAUUCAGCCUGACAUAUGUACUUACAAUUUGCUGCUACAUGGGCUAUGUAAUAGUGGUAAAAUGGAUGAAGCUAUUAAGCUUUGGGAUAAGUGCAUAAGAAAUGGUUUUGUACCAGAUAUCUAUACAUAUGGGGUUAUGAUAGAUGGGUAUGGUAAAGCUGAUAAAACUGAAGAAGGUGAAAAUCUCUUUAAUGAGCUCAUCUCUAAGAAAGUAUCACUAAAUUCUGUUAUUUAUAAUACACUAAUUGGAGCAUACUGUAAAAAUGGAAAUAUGACAGCAGCUUUUAGACUUCUUAAUUACAUGAGAAGCAGGAGCACCCCACCUACUUUGGUUACAUAUUCUUCUCUAGUACAUGGAAUGUGCAAUAUUGGCCUUGUUGAAGAUGCAAAAAGUCUUUUUGGCGAAAUGAGAAAGGAAGGUUUGUUGCCAAAUGUUGUCUGUUACACUGCACUUAUAGGCGGUUAUUCUAAACUGGGUCAGAUGGAUAAAGUCAGGAAUGUCUUGGAAGAAAUGGCUUCAUUUAAUAUACAUCCUAAUAAAAUUACCUACACUAUCAUGAUUGAAGGUUAUUGCAAAUUGGGUGAUAUGAAGGAAGCAGCUAAACUUCUGACUUGGAUGGAAAAAAAAGGAAUUUCACCAGAUUCCAUCACUUAUAAUGUCUUCAUGGAUGGGUAUUGCAAGGAUGGAAAAAUGGAAGAAGCAUUCAGAGUAUGCGAUCAUAUGUUUAGUAAAGGAUUAUUCUUAGAUGAAAUUACAUAUACUACGUUGAUUAAUGGGUGGCAGUCAUCAUCAUUAACAAUUCAAGAAUGAUUGUGGAACUCUCAGGAGGAGGUCUGAUUGUGGAUGAUAUAAUAGCAUUCACUCACUAUCUGUCCAGAUUCAGGAUAGGUUCUUGAAAUCAAAUGGUUGCUGGUGCUUCCUUUUAGGUUUUGCAUGCGAGGUGGGACUUGUAAAGAUAGAAAUACUACUCAUCAUCUAAUUAGGGAAGCUCUCACAAAAUGAGUUGCUUGAAUGGGUUUAUUUUGGUUUGAUGAUUGAAGAAUGAUUUGAUAGCUGGGG